UACAAGUGAUGGGUUGCUCCACUAAGUUUUGCGAAGCUUGCAAAAUGGUGCCAUUAAAAAUAAUAUUACCAUCUCCCAAAAGUAUAAAAGUAACACCCCAGUAGUGUUUUAUUGUAGGCAAGUCGUUGUUGGUGGUUUACAGCCCCUGUCUCUCUGGGUUUGCCCGCUCCCUGACGAAUGAAGCAGUCGCUCACAUGAGCUGGGAGCUGCUGCCUCACUUUGGCACACCGUGCGGGAGAAAUGGCAGGCUGUGGAGGCUUCUUCGUUUCUCUCCUAAACUACAAGACGGAGAAAUAUGUCAUCGCCGAAAACAGGAAGAUAGGAAUAUUAUUUAGACUCUAUCAGCUGGCUGUGCUGGGAUACAUAAUCGGGUGGGUGUUUGUGGUGAAGAAAGGUUACCAGGAGAGAGAAGAGGCCAUCCAGUCUUCAGUCAUCACAAAACUUAAAGGUGUGACACUGACCAACAGCUCAGACACCGGCCUUCACCUGUGGAGCUCUGAGGACUAUGUCAUUCCCCCUAAUGGUGAGCAGGUGUUCUUCAUAGUAACAAAUUACAUCGAGACACCUAAUCAGAGGCUGGGAUUCUGUGCAGAGAGUUACAAGGUUCCAGAUGGACGAUGUCACAAUGACACUGACUGCCCAGAGGGGGAACCCGUGAUAGCUGGCAAUGGAAUAAAGACCGGAGUGUGUCUAAACAGUACAGGGACCUGUGAGAUCCAUGCCUGGUGUCCUGUCGAAUACAGCAAGAGACCCACGGAGCCCCUACUAAAAGAGGCAGACAACUUCACCAUCUACAUCAAGAACUUCAUCAGGUUCCCAAAGUUUGAAUUCUCAAAGUCUAAUGUCCUCGAUACGUCUGAUGACAGCUACCUGAAAAAAUGCUCGUUUGAGAAAGACCUGUACUGCCCCAUCUUCCGCCUGGGAGAGCUGAUCAGCCGGACGGGAUACGACUUUGAGGAUAUGGCUGCUCAGGGUGGCUCUGUGGGUGUUCUCAUAGAGUGGGACUGUGACUUGGAUAAGGACUCUUCACAAUGUAACCCAGAGUACAGCUUUACCCGUUUGGACAUGAAUUUGAACAACUCAGUCACAUCAGGAUACAACUUCAGAUAUGCCAGGUAUUACAAGGAUCAAAGUGGUGAAAGCUAUCGUGAUUUAUAUAAAGUGUAUGGGAUCCGCAUUGAUAUCAUGAUCAAUGGCAAGGCUGGGAAAUUCAGUAUUGUUCCCACAAUAAUUGCCAUUGGGUCAGGUGUUGCUCUGCUGGGUUUGGGAGCCUUCGUGUGUGAUAUGAUUCUACUCUACAUGAUGAACACGAGCUCCUUCUACCGGGAUAAGAAGUUUGAAAUCAUCAACUUCAAUAAAGAAAAGACUAAACCCAAGGAAGGGAAGCCGGGACACAGAGAAAGGAGAUCCAGGAAACCGCCUGCAGAUAAAGAUGCAGAAAACUCUGUCAAAAAGCUGGUGGAGGAAAUUGCCUCGCCUGGGGAGAACCAGCAGUCUGUGGACCAACGGGGUCCCACCAUUCCACGCAACACGGGACAGCGCUACUCCGCCAACAUCUCUCCCCAGGGUGCAGAGGCCAGGCACCACAUCACUUUCUCUUCAGAAGCUUAAGUUUGCAGGUAGAGUGAGAUGAGUCACCUGAGGUGAGCUCAGUUUAUGUCUUUGAGGUAGAACCAAGUUGGACUUCUCACCUUGCUUCAAGACUGCCUGUAAGCCACUGUUUAUGGUGAUGCUUAUUUUGACUGAGGAUAUGUUGGUCCAAAAAAAGGUUAAUAUUUGACACUGUGGGCCAGGCUGCUGAGGAGAAACACUCAUUAAGGUGCAUACCAGUGGCCGGGUGUGGAUCCAAAUGUGCAAUGUGGAAGAUGACAGGUCCAUAAAAGAUUUGCAAAAGUACUGUGAUAAUGCUGAUACAAUUAGUAAAGAUAUGAAAAUAUUUCGAAGCAAAUUGCCAAACAAUAUUUGCUUUUUAAUGUAAGUGUUAACUGUGUCUUUGUUUGAUGUCAUAAAACCCGUAUUUUUAGCUUUGGUGGCUGUUGAUCAGACGAAACAAGCAUAGUUUUCAGAUUCAGUUAUAUAUGAUGGGCCACUGUGUUUGUUUUUGCUGUUUUAUGGACAAAGUUAAACAACUAAAGUAGGCUUUGCACAUGCGUUUCAUAAAGCGGAUACAAAGGAGGAGUUUAUCCUUAGUUGCAAAAACUCAUGAAACCUUUCUGACUUGUCGGUUUUAAUUUGCAACAUUAAGGCCUGGUGGUCUAGCAUUAAAAUAAAUAUUAAAUGCAAGUUA